UGCGUGCUUGGGUAAGGAUCGUUUCUAGAGCUAGUCUCGAGUUUUAUCUCACUCCUCUAGACCAGAGCUGAAUGAGGGCGAUCUUCUGGGGCAUUCUAUGCCGGCGCUCUUGUGCUUGUAGCUCGGAGGAAGUAAGCAGAAGAGUCUCCAAGGAAGACCAUACACUCGCUAUCUGGAGCUCACCGAGACGGUGGUGGCCGAGGCCAAGCUUUCGCGAUGAAGAGGUUGGAAGUCUUUGUUAUAAUUCUUGCGAGAUAACAGAAGAUUUUCGGCUUAAACCAGGCACGGGCAUUCUCCUCUCCGGAUUGAAGGCAUGCAGCAGCCUGAGAGACCUCGAGCUUGGCCACAGACUUCGCAGAAAUGCUCUCGAAAACAAGCACAUCUACGUCGCCAACUCGCUCGCAAACAUGUAUGCCAAGUGUGGCAACAUGCCGGAAGCUUUCUCGGUGUUCCACGCAAUGCCUCGUCGCAACCAGGCAUCGUGGAACACCUUGAUAGUUGGAUACGCAGAGAAUGGAGAGAGCGGCACAGCGCUGGAGGUUUUCUCUCGCAUGGAAGAGCCGCAAAGGAACGCUCUCACUUUUGUGGCGGCGUCCAUGGCUUGUGCGAGCUUGGCAGCGCAGGAGGAGGGCCGGCUCGUGGAUGGAAGCUUGGUGAAGUUGGAUUGCCUGGAGAGAGGCAUGGAGGUCCACUCUUGCGCGUCCAAGGCUGGGUGUGACUCGGAGCUCUUGGUGGCGAGCAGCCUGGUUGAUAUGUACGCGAAGUGUGGGAGCAUGGCGAACGCUCGCAACGUUUUCAGCUCGAUGCUUCACAGGGACGUGGUUUGCUGGACGAGUUUGAUCCAGGGAUACGCAGAGAAUGGACAGGGCGAGGAGGCUCUGGAUUUGUUUUCAGCCAUGUCUGGCGAGUGCGAGCCAAAUGCCCGGACUUUCGUGGCCGUGCUGCUCGCCUGCGCGAGCUUGGCUUCUCGAGAAGUUGGCCGGAUGAUCGCAGAUCAUGGGAAAGCUAGUGUGAAAGUCAGGGGCUUGGAGAUUGCAAUGGCUACACACUCGAGAGCUGCGAAGAUGAUCAAUUGUCUGGAGCUGGACGUUUUCGUGGCGAGCAGCUUGGUAGAUGCCUACGCAAAGUGUGGGAGCUUGGUGGACGCUCGCAUGGCGUUUGAUAGAAUGCGGCACAGGGACGUGGUUCUUUGGACUUCUCUGCUGCUCGGCUAUGUUGACAAUGAAGAGUGCGAGCUGGCUCUCGAGCUAUUCGAGUUUAUGGUUGCCGAAGGUUGUGAACCGGGUGCUCAGAGUUUUGUUGCUGGAUUGGUGGCAUGCGCGAGAUUGGCAGUCGAGGAAGAAGAAGAGACCACGCAAAGUAUAGAAGGAAGGCGAGUGAAACUGACAAGCCUCGACAAAGGAAUGGCGAUCCAUUCUCGAGCUCACACAAACUUGGGCUGUUGCGACUCCAACGUUUUCCUGGGAAACACGCUGGUGGACAUGUACUCCAAGUGUGGCAGCCUCCUCGACGCUCGGAUCGUCUUCGACCGGAUGUUCCACCGCAGCAUCGCGUCCUGGAACGCACUGAUAGCAGGGUAUGCUGAGAACCGAGAAGCCGAGCUCGCGCUGGAGCUCUUCUCGCGGCUCGAGUGCGCUCCAAACGCGGUAACUUACGCUGCCGCGCUGCUGGCCUGCACGGAGCUGGCGACUCUAGAGUCCGGGAAGGCAAUCCACGCUGCUAUCAUCCGCUGCGCGCUCGAGAGCGAUGAAUUGGUGGCGAACAAGCUGGUGGAUCUCUACGGCAGGUGUGGCUGCAUGGUGGACGCGGAGAUCAUCGUUUCUACGCUUGGAGAGCCGACGGUAGUGGCUUGGAACGCACUGAUAGCAGGAUAUAGUCGCCAGGCCGAGGCUUCGAGCCGGGCUUUUAGCGCGUUCCAGAGGAUGCGAGAGGAAGAAUCAGUGGCUCCAAACGAGGUAACGUUUCUUUUGGUUCUCACAGCUUGCAGCCAUGCCGGUUUAGUCGACAUGGGCCAGGCUUGCUUCGAUGCCAUGGUUUCUACGUACAAACUCACGCCUGGUAUCGAGCACUAUCACUGCUUGGCUGAUAUCUUUGGCCGUGCGAACCAGCUCGAGAGAGCUGUGGAGAUUGUGACGAGCAUGCCUUACAAGGCCACCUCGGUCAGCUGGAAAACAAUCCUGGCCUCGUGUCGAAAGUGGCGGAAUGUAGAAGCUGGGAAGUUUGCGUUUGAUUCGCUACUUGCGCUUGAGGUUGAUGGUCACAAGACUGCGGCAUUUUUGCUCAUGGCGAGUUUGUAUGGGAGCCUUGAUAUGUGGAAGGAACAAGCCAAAGUGCUCGAGGCCAGGAAUAUGCUCUUCGUAGAUUCAGAGAGAGAAAAAUUUGGAAACAAAGAAUGAUCCUGAAUUGAGUCGAUUCAAUCGAGGAAUAGAGAAAAAUACCAGACGUGUCUUGACCAUUGUCCAUGUGUUUUGUGUGAGCUCAAGACGAUACAGCCUUGAUUAUCGUAGAAGGUUUAUAAGAGGAUGCUGACUUUAGGAAAAGUACAUCGGAUGGCUGAAAGGAAUUUUUCGGUUGUGGUACUGCUUCCUUUGGCUUGAGAUCCUGCACGCUUCAAGGCUUUAGCAACUCAGACUGGGCGGGAUGUCCUACAAUCUGGUGGAGCAGUAAAAAACACACUGUGGCAGCGACUGUGAGUUCAGCCUGCCUUGCCUAGGAAUUGGCUUACCAGGCUCACAGAGUAAGCAAGGUGCAGACCACAAGAUACGUAAGGCUGCCAAUGGCACUGCAAUAAAGUACAGCUGCCCAUCUUGUUUUUCUCUUGCUCUGUAAAAGGAGAAUUUUCACGAGAGAGUUUCAAACCUACGACCAUCGGUGUUGGAGCAGGAGAGCAUCGCUCCAUGGAAAAUUGUUGGAGGAUAUCCUUGAUAUACUUGUUCUGGUGAAGAACGAGAGAGCUGUCAUGGCGGUCAAGCUAGAUCCCGAGGCAGUAGUGUGCCUUUCCUAAAUCUUUCAUCUCAAAGUGAGAAGAGAAGAUCUUGACUUGA